AUGAUCAGCAAACUAAUUAUAUGGUUUAAAAAUCUCAGAAUGAGUAACUAGAUAAUAAUACUCAACUUCUUUAUUAUUUUAUUUGCUGUGUUUGCAACAAUAGCGACAGCAUAUGUUUAAUAAGCAAUAUUUUUCACAUACAUUUAGGAAUUUGAAUCAGCAUUAUCAUUGAAAUAGGAAAAAGCUAUUGUAAAUAACAUCUCUAGAAAACUAAGUCUUUACAUUCAAUUGAAAAAUUACCAAACAAUUUUAAAUUUAUAGCACUCUCAAUAGAUGAUUACUAGAUUCAUAUAAAUUAGUUUUAAGAUUGUAUCGAGGAAGAGGAAAUUCAACAAGAUUAUAUUGUUUAUAAUUCAGACAUCAUCUGCUAAACGUUAUAAACAAAAUAAUAUGAUAGUCAAGGAAUGCUACUCAAUAAAACUCUUGCAUUACUAACUCCUUUCACUUAAUUAUUUACAGGUGGAGAAGAAAAUAAAAUAUCAUUUAUUGAUGUACCAAAUAAUUAAAUAUUUGCUCUAUUCCCAAAAAUGUACAAACCUUGGUAAGCUUCAAUUAUAUUUCAGGUAUAAGAACCAUAUUGCCCAAUAUUAAAUUUAACCCAGUUAAGAUUAUUAUUACUCUCCAAUCUACCUCUCAGCUCGAAAUUUCAUGCCAUAUUUCGCCUUAACCUAUUCCUUGAUUAUUAACUAAACUUUAUUUGGAAUUACAACCUAAUUAUAGGAAGUAUCUGAUAAGAACAUCCAGAAUAUACCUUUGAGUAUUUUUUUGGUCAAUUCCAAUGGGGACAUUAUUUUAUCUACUUUGCCUACUAUUUCUUAAAUUAAUUUACUUAUUACAAUAACUAAUCAAACUUAUACUGGAUUUAAUAAAACAGAUUGGGAAUUAAUAUAAGUUAAUUCUAAAUAGAAAACAUCAUAAGAAAGCUCUUUCUAUCUUGAGAACAAACUAUACAACAGAAUUGUCUUUGUGAAUGCCGUCAGCUUUGAAAAAGAAAAUCUCACUUUAAUAGUUUUUAAAAAUGUGACCUACGAAAUAGAAAGUGGUUAAAAAAUUCAAGAUCAAGUUGAUAAUAUGAAGAUAGAAAUGAUCAAAGAUUUAUAAAUUUAUUUAGGAAUCUCUAUAUUCUUAGUAAUAUUAACCACUACCUUAAUAAGAUAUAUAUCAGCUCCUUUAUUAAAUUUGAUUAAAGUGAUUAAUAUUCAUAUAAGAAAAAUUGGAAAUAAUUUAAAUUCAGAAUUAUUUAAAAUGAGUUUUAAAAGUUAAAAGCAAACAGAUGUCUUUUCAUCACUUACAUAUCAAUUCUUAGGUUUGAAAGAGUUGUAGAGCAAAAGAUCAGAAAGAAAAAAUUAAAUUUGCCAAUAAAUUGAAGAUAUAAAAUACAGUUUUUAAUAUUAAGAAAUAGAUUGUUCUUCAAUUAAAGAAUCAAUCUUACUUCUCCCUAGUUAAGACUUAGAAGAUUUUCGUUAAAAUAAUUCAUUAUUGAAACCUCUUCUUUUAAGAAGUUUUUCAUAAAAAAAGAUGUGGGUUAGUACUGAAGAUUAAACAUUAUAUAGAUAAAUCCUCAUAAAAUAGAUAUUUUAGCAACUCUUUUAAAAGAAUAGUUCUCUCAAGAACUUUUGA